UCUACCACAGUACUGGGAGAUGACCAACCAGUUAGCAUGGCAGUUCGCUUCCAGCUCCAACAUAGAGUACAGAAUCCAGAUGGUACUGUGUAUGAUCCAGUGUGUGCCUUCUGGGAUUUUAAUCUAACCCCAGAAGCUGGUGGGUGGUGGAAUACCAAGGGCUGUGAAAUAGUGUCCAAACCAUAUGGAUAUACUGUGUGCUACUGCAACCAUACCACCAAUUUUGCAUUACUGCUGCAGGUGUAUGAAGCCCAGAGGAGCCCAGAGAAUGAAAAAGCUCUGCAGGUGCUGACGUUCAUUGGCUGUGGAGUGUCUCUGUGUGGCCUCCUCUUCACCUUCAUCCUCUUCAUCUCCGUGGGUGUCCCUAAAUCAGACCGCACAACUGUCCAUAAGAACCUUAUAGUUGCUCUGGGAGUGGCUGAGCUGUUGUUGAUGUGCAGCAGUUGGGCUUCUGAAAAUGAGGCAGCAUGCUUCCUGGUGACUGCACUACUUCAUCUCUUAUUCAUGGCUUCUUUUUCCUGGAUGCUGGUGGAGGGCUUGCUACUGUGGAGUAAAGUCGUGUCUGUCAAUAUCAGCGAGGACCGCAGGAUGAAAGUCUACUAUGUCAUUGGCUGGGGUGUGCCUGUUCUGGUUGUUGGAGUAACACUGGUGAUAUCCAUGGACAAAUACAAAGCAGACGAUCAUUGCUGGCUCAAUGUGAAGACCGAUACAAUCUGGGCCUUUGUGGGACCUGUGAUAUUUGUCUUGACAGUCAAUGCGGUUGUGCUGUGUCGGGUUGUCAUGGUGACUGUUUCCAGCGCUCGUCGUCGUGCUAAGAUGCUCAGUCCAAGCUCAGCAUCAAAGAUGCAGACCUAUGACCUUACCUGGGCUGUGACCCGCCCAGUUCUGAUCCUGCUGCCUGUCCUAGGUCUGACCUGGCUGUGUGGCGUGCUUGUCCAUCUGUCUGUGGUAGUUGCCUAUAUUUUCAUUGCUCUCAACUCCUUCCAGGGUCUGUACAUCUUCUUAGUCUAUGCUGUUUACAACAGUGAGGUGAGGAAUGCCAUAAAGAGGAUCAAAGAAAAGAGAAAGGCCUUAUCUUUCACGAACUGCUCCCAGCCAACCAGCUUCCUACCUUCUCAGAGGACUCCGAUCACUUCCUGGGGCCACAGCCUACCGACGACCUCCAGCCCCGAGACCAGUGAGACGUCUGCACCUGCCGGCACUACUUCCACAUCCAUGGUCAUCAAGAACGAGAGUUUCAGAAAGGAGAGCUUUGUGAGUUUCUUUUUGAACCAAGGAUCCGGAAACCAAGUGGUACAGCUGACGGGGUUCAAGCCAUCGGGUUGUUGAACUACAAAUGGAGUGGAACCUAUACUCAGUAUCUACACAUGCAUCUUCAUCAUUGUCGUCACGCUGAAAGAGGACCGCGCACUGCAGGAGGAGAAAAAUGGAUGAAGAUGAAGCGCCGAUGCCGUCACUGUCCUCUUCUCAGAUCUCAUCAGAAUCCGUCUGACAAUUUACUCAUUUGAUAUCUGGCAAACUUUGGACUAAAGAGGCUUUUAAAUCCCCGGACACGCAGUCCACACGCAAAAAUGUGCUCUGGUUUGUCACUGUUGUUGCUUCAGACCGCUCCAGAACAAUGUGUCCAUGUUUUUCAGUUCAAAGUGCAAAGUCAGAAGCAGGUUUUACGACCUCACACUUAACUUUGAGCGAAUCCAAUGUCCGACAGGUGACCCGCAGUGCUGCAAUAGAGUCUAUCAUUCCAUCUUUUAUUAAUGAGAGAAAAGGGCACAAGUGUGAUGUCAGGAAUUUUUAUCAAGGUAAUUGAACUUUUUUUUUUUUUUUUUUUUUAAUUAAAAAAAAAUCCCAGCAGAAUAGAGACUGCAGUCUCUCCACGUGACGUUUGAGGCAGGCUCCAAAUCAGUCCCCGGAAACUCGACAGCAUUAAAAACCAUGUUUACAGCCUGAUGCUGCUUUUACUGACAGGCACCUGUAACCAACUGGUGUUUGCUAACUCCUCCACCAUCAGCGUUAUCUGACAAAUACUGUGUGGGGCAGUGUGCUCCAUUUUGGUCUGCAUUUAUUAGUCUGUCUUCAGCUAAGCACUAAUUAGCGCAUAUCUGUGGAUCGGGCCUGCACAGAACACCAGCACGAUUCCACCCAAAACAUCAACAUUAAGGCUGCAAAAUACUGAGUCCAGAAAACACGAGGAAACUUGUGUGUCCAUCUUUUAUGUACAGGUACAUAUAAUCAGACACACAUUAGUGAUGUUUCAUUUUUGACCUUUGAGUUUGUGGCCACUUGUUUAAAUGUCUGUAGACAAAUAUAAUUUUGUCACUGUAACCUUCACCCUCACUUCACCCAAAUAACAUCAGCUCUGAGGUGUUUCGCGGUGCUCCUGUCGUCAGUUAGAGCUGUUUCCAGGUUUCUGUGAUUGCAGAUCUAAAGUACCUCCUUGAAAACUGUUCCAGGGAAUUCUGCAUCAUAUUGAGGAAACAACUGGAAGCUGCUGCCAUAAUGGAACAAUAUUACAAAAGAAUUUCUAAUACAACCAUGUGCAAGUGUCUUUGUAUAUGGGAUGGUUAUCUAAUCAUAUUUCCCAUUUAGACAUGUUGCUCUCUCAUUCAUUUAAAUUUCAGGCACAGUAAAUGCUAGGCUUCAUUCUGCUUCCUCCUGUCCACAAGUUCAGUGGAAAAAGCUCCAAUUCCAGCUUAGCAUUAAAGAUGAGAAAAAGGAACAAAUUCAGUGUGCCACCCAGAUUAUUAAUGUGGGUUUAAUGUUCAUAAAGUAAGACUGUAGACAUGCAGUGGAGUGUAAAAAACAGAUUUGUACUGACCAGAUCUCCACAAACAAGUGGAGCAAUGAGUAUGUUUGUGUGGUAGAAUGUCUGAAAUCGGAUGUAUCUGUCUCGUGUUAUUUGCCACAGUAACUGUAUGCUCGUGUAUUACCUUAUGUUCUACAGCAAUAACGGUCUCAGUAUGUGGAGGGGGAAAAAUGAUCAAAAUACUGUGCAGGCCCACGAAACAUGGGACACUUGGUCAAAAAGAUCAAAAGAACUUAAAAGCUUCCCUAACCUACAUGCUACGUGUGCAGCCUGUUUGGUACGGUCUAGAUGAGGUGCUACACGCCAGCCGUUUCGAUGCUCCCCAUCGUUGCCAGAGCGAUAUGUGCUGUAGGCUGUUUGUGCUGAUAUGCUGUAUGUCUGUGGGGACUCCAACCUGCCUGAUGCUGCAGCAGCUGAUUCAGAUAUCAAAGUAAGAAGUUAACAUGUUUUUAUAGAUCAUGCAUGUUUAGAGAUUAUGUAGUUGGACAGUAGAGGAAGACCAUUUCUGUUCUGGCAUCCUUAAUCGCUUAAUAUCCACCAGAUCAUUGGCGACCUGUCUGUGAUUAAAUUAACAUCUACACCUUUAAAUAGAAUUUUAUUUGAAACGCCAAUAGGAGAAGCUUUUGACAGAAACAUGUUGUUUGUCAGACAUCUAGUCUGCCUGUUUAGCAUGUGGCUAACAAACAAACCUUAGACAGGUCACUGAUCACCUGGUAGAUGUUGGGAGGUUAAAAAUAUUUUUUAAAUGCAUAAAUAAAAACAUCUUUAAAAGACAUGUUACCCUUUGGAAGAACUGUCAGUAUAAUUGCUGUAUAUUUCAAACUGCUGACAUUCCUGUCAGGAUGUCGCUCAUGUUUUACAACAUAACAUAACUGAUGGGAAUAUUUCCACGGUGAGACAAGGCUGUGUGUCAUUUGUGCAAAGCUGAUGAAUGUUGUGUAAAAACAGCCAACACACCAAUCGAGCUUUACGUCAUUGUUUUUUUUUUUUAUUUUAUUGGUUUGAUGCUGUUACAAUAAAAUAUAUUUAAAAAACAAAAAAAGAUUUUGGUCACUCUCUCUUUGGGGAGAAAAGCACUUCAGUUUAAGACAGGACAGACGCUCAACUCACAGGAAAAAAAAGAGUGAACCAAGACCAGAACAAAGAAAGUGAAAACAAGAGAAUCAGUUCCACAAUAGUAGCAAUUUGACCUCAACAUAAAGCAGAGAACUUUUUUUGUGCUGAAAUGUAUCUUUAGCUUGCAGCAGAUAUUCACUUCACAACAUAAAUAUACUAUACAGAGUGAUUACACAUAACUAUCUCAAUUGGAACACUAAGUGUGUAUGUGUGUGUGUAUGUGUGUGUGUGUGUGUGUGCAGGUGGUGUGACAGACGUAAAGGUAAGGCUGGAGGAGUGAUUGUCUUGGUAGACGCUCACAUCAGUGGACCAAUAACAAAUGAUCUUAAACAGCUGCACAACA